UCAAAUUCCCCAGAUCUCAGUCCAAUCGAGCAUCUGUGGGACAUCCUGAGCAGACAAGUCCAAUCCACAAAGGCCUCAUAAGGACUUAAAGGAUCUGUUGCUAACAUCUCGUUGUCUCGUAGAAACGACAGCUACCACCUUCACAGCUCUAGAGGUGUCCUUACCUCAACGGGUUAUGGCAACAAACGGGUAUUAGGAGGCGGUCGUUGAAGUAGAUUCUUCUGUAGAUUCGAUCUGUCUCGGUGUCUUCUUGCUUCUCCUUGAGAUCAGAGCACCGUGUUCUUGCUGGACUCUUCUUGUCACUGAAGACAUUCCUUUAAGCCAUCAACCUGGCGUCUACACCAUCUCAAUAGUUGUGUGAAAGUUCUUUAAGGUUCCUCAUCUGAGUAUCUAAAUAUAAAAACUAUUGAUCAUUUAUUUGUUGGCAGUGCCACUCUCUAAAUAUUUGACUUGAAGAAAGAAGAAGACCGAUCUUGCAGAACUGCCAAAACAAAAGGGGAUUUUCUUUGUUUAAAUUAAUAUUAUUUCUGCGCCGGGUGAUUCAUAGGCUUCUGUCUGAACCACUUCGCUGUUCGGUGCUCUGCUCUCAUACAGCUGUGGCUGAUGUGUAGGAGAACAUUUUACUCACAGACUGUUUUCCAGCCAGUCGAGACACUUCAGACCGGGCCCGCACAGUCAUUUAAAACUCAAGUUUUAAUUUGGUGUAAUUACAGUCAUGUUUGUUUACAGUUUGGCAGACCGCAGCGAAGCCACAUGACAAAUUUGAGAAGAGGAUGCGUGAUGUUUCAAUACUCCCACGUGUCUACAAGCUUAUUCUUUUUUCUUUUUUUCUUUUUUUUUGAUCCAUCAGUAGCUGCUGCUGAUGAUUUGUUGUCAGGCAUCAAAAGGUUUUCAGCAACUCACCUAUAAAAGGUUUGUUUUCAGAGGAGUUCAAGGCUUCGUUUACACCAAAAUACCACAAAUUCCAAGUGGAGUCUGGUGUGUGAGAACGUCCAAACUUUCUCUUAAGAAACUCCAACUUUAGGAUUAAUACAUGGCUUUUUCUUUUUUUUUUUUUUGUGGAGUUGCGGGGGUUGUGUCUCCUCCAAGUGGAGCACAAAAACUGGACUUCCCAACCCCCCCUUAUAUGGCAUUUUCCUUAGAGCAGUGGGAGGGUAGGGGCCGGUCUCACAGGAUGUGUCGAUGGCUGGUCAACAGUCAGAGCCGUGCACAGGGAUGUGGAGGGAAGAGUCAGCUGAGAGGAGCUUUUCGCUAUCGAUCCGCGAGUGGGUGUGUGAGGAUGUGAAAUCGACAUGGUCAGGAGACCGAGGUGCAAAGAUUAGUCAUCAGCAGAGAGUCAGCACCAUGGCCGCCUUCCAGCUGCUCUUCCUGCUGUUGGUCAGCUGCAUGGCGGCAUCCGCACGUCCUCCCCGGCACCUCUCUGAAUGCCAAGUUGUCCAGACGGAUGUGUUCUGCAGCAAUAAGAGCCUGAGCGGUGCACCGGUCAACCUUCCUCAUCACGUCCAACUUCUGGACCUUUCACGGAACCAGGUGCAAAAUCUCACCCAGGAAACUCUGGCGUAUCGCACCGGCUUCCAUCGUCUAAAUCUUCACGCUAACAAGAUCCACUUCAUCCAGCCAGGACUCUUCAAAGACAUGGCCGACCUAAAAGUCCUGGAUCUGUCCAGGAAUCAUCUGAAUGUCUUUGCACUCUCUAAAAUAAACAUCGGACCACUUAGAGCUGUAGAGUCCCUUGACCUUUCGAGCAACGGGCUGUACACGGGGAUGUCAGACUAUUUCCUGGCUGAAUCUCCAUCACUGGCAAACCUUUCUCUGAACAGCAAUAGCAUCACCAAAAUAGCACACGAUACCUUUAGUGGAUCCUUGUCUUUGAGGAAAAUCUCCCUCCACAAUAACGUCAUCUUAGAGAUUGAAGCUGGCGCUUUUGACUCCUUAGCUAAUCUCACUGAACUCGAUCUGUCCAAGAACUCAAUCACGUGCAUCAUAGACUUUAACCUCUACAAUUUGAAAGUGCUCAAUCUCAGCAAGAACAGCCUGGAGCUUUUCCAAAGCGAGAAGUCAGCUCCUUCGCUUAAACUCCUCUCUCUUGAUCUGAGUGAAAACAAAAUGCAACGAUUUCCGGUUCUCCCGGCAGACAACGCGCUUGAAUAUCUGGACCUUUCACGAAACCAACUUCAUAACCUCAAUGUCACUGGAGGGGAUAAUUUAAUUUUUAAGAAACUGAGAUACCUGGACAUUAGUUACAACCAUCUCAGCAGCAUACCAGACAGCCUUUUUUGGUCCAUGGAACAACUCGAGGUCUUGAAUAUGAGUAAUAACUGUAUUGGCUCAUUUUCUACCAGUCACCCAGACCAUCUCCAGAAUGUAAAGAUUAUCAAUCUCAGCUAUAAUUCACUGCAGACUCUGACAUUUGGAGAAAACACUCUGCUGUCGCUGGAAAAGCUCUACUUACAAGGAAACGGCCUCACAUUCCUGGACCAUCAAAUAUUCCAAAGACUCCCAUCCAUCAGUUUCCUGCAGCUGCAGCAGAACAACCUGAAGAUCUGCCCCCCGAAGCAAAACCAUCUCGAGCGGACGCUGAUGGACCAAAACCACCAGAAUCUGAGCAGUUGCGUUUCCUUUUCUUGUGUUCAAAACUUGCACUUCCUGUACCUUUCUGAAAACAACCUGAUGACUCUGCCUGCGAACGCCUUUGCCCACACCCCUCUGAAGUUACUGGACUUGUCCUUGAACCCAGGCAUGGACAUGGACAGAGACUCCCUUUUUGGUCUCGAGCAGACCCUUGAUCACCUCCUCCUGAGGGAAAACAACAUUUCCAGCCUCAACACCGAUCUGUCGUCACUGAGGAGUCUCAGACAUGUAGACCUGUCCACCAACCAGCUGACCACUCUACCUACAUGGAACACAGAGUCCUCCAUUGAAUCCCUAAACCUGCAGAAUAACAACCUGGUCACCUUGGAGUACAGCACCAUGAUCGCCCUGAAGCCCUCACUAAAGACCCUCUACAUGGGCUCCAACCCUCUGAGCUGCUGCAGCAACCUCAACUUCCUCCAAAUGGUGCAGAACUCAGCCGUGGUCGUUCCCGACAUCGAGAGGGUGACCUGCGUUCACGAGGAAUAUUCAGAGCCGGUCAACAUCGAGAAGGUGACCCUGGAGAUGUGCCACGCCCAAACCAAUGCCCCGAACUCUAUUGUUACCGUGGUGUUGAUAUCACUAGUAGUGAUGAUCGUGUUGUGUGGACUGGUGGUUAAAUGUCGCCAAUCGAGGAAACGAAAGCGACACAGAAGCUUUAGAGCGUAAUGUGAAAGAUGGAAGUUUUAGUGGAAAAAUGUGAAUGUAUCAUCUGUGGUGCCGCCCAAAGUCUCCUGAAUGGACAAUUUGAACCUUUGAUUUGGGUUUGUCGCUAUGACAAACAGUCACUGAAGAGAUAUAUGUGUCUCAAGUGAAGUAAUGGUUCUGGAGAAUAAGUCAAACAGACAAACGGUCGGAAAUCAGAACCUUUUGUGGAAAAUGUUGUAUUACUAAAGCAAAGUUUGUACUUUUAAAAGUCGGUUUGUUGUAGCAUCCGGUGGAUAUGUGAAGAACUGCAACUUUAGGGCCUUAUGAUGAGAUCAGAGAGGUGUUUUAGAGAGCAAUGCAAUUGCAUUACUCUCCACAUGUGAUGAGCGUGAAAAAGACUGAGAACAGACUGAGAUAAAUCCAUAUAUAUAUAUAUCUUUUAGCGGCAAGCUAGCUUACAACCAGCCUAUGAGGGAAAUGGUCCAGCAAUGUAACUAGCUUGACUGGCUAGCUUGUCUUUACGGCUAAAGCAGCAGUGUUUCACACACAUCAGUUCAUUGAAUGUAAAUGAAGAAUCCACACUAAAACACUUAUACAGGCCACGGCCUGACUGAAAUGCAGCAAUAAAAUGUAAUGAAGUAAGUGCAAGACAUUUUGGAAAAUAAGCCACUUUGACUUUCACUUUGACUGAUGAAAAAUUUGAUGCCAGUAGCCAGUUAGCAUAGCUUAGCAUAGAAAAUGGAAACAAAAGAAAACAGCUAGCCGUGACUUAUUAGCACAUCAAAGGCUCACUGUUUAACUUGUUAUACUCAGUAUGUAUGUAAUACAUGCAAAAUGUUUCCUGUCUCUAAACUAAGCUAAUCUACCAAACUAUAGCUUCAAUUUACUCUGCAGGCAUGAGAGUUGUAUUAAUCUUCUCGUCACAUGUCAGCAACACAACUAAUUAGCAUAUUAGCAUACACGUACACGGAAAAACAGCAGCUAAUCCUGUUCUGUCCAUUUAAGACGCUUCUAAAUAUCAAUAUUUAGCAUAUAGUAUAAAGUAUGUACAUGAGUUAUGAUUAUCUCUUGCUUAUUGUCAGUAUUUAAGCUAAACAAAGCUAAGGUAUCUAAUCUAAACAUGGCGUUGAUUUACUCCACAGACACGAGAGUGGUAUCAAUCUUUUUGUCUUAUUUCUGGCAUCCCAGCAAGAAAACAAAUUAGCAUAUUUUCCAAAAUGUCAUCUUUAAGGAUUGUGUGAGGAAGAUAAAUCAGCGACUGAACAUAAACAGACUGAAGGCAACGCUGAUGUAGAUGUCUUCUCUUAGAGACGGGUGGAAUUUUCCUUUAAGCUAAAAAUAAACACUACAGAAGGUCAUGAAACAAAACGCUCUUUAUUCAUGAAGUAGGAUAAGAUGAAGGUUUUUUUUUUUUUCAAAGCGACCAAAGUCGUCUAUUUAACCUUUACAUAGUUUGCACUUUACCUUGACUGUAUCUUGUUUUGUGUCUUUUAAAAACACUAAGAACUGAAUAAUUUCACUACAGUUUUGUACAAAGCAUGUGUCAAUAUAAUUUAUUUUUUUAUUAUAACUAAGUUGGACAUUUGAUAUAGUUUGUUUUCCAUGCUGAUCCCAGGUUCAUGGUGCUCCCCCUGUUAAUUUGACAUGAACGUUUUUGUACGUAAGUGUUGAAUAACUGUGAUACUUCUGUGACAUAGAAGUACAAAUACAUACUGAAUAUAAAUCAAUAUUAAAUCCAGCGCUGUGUUGUAGUGGACUACACUGGGAUUUACAGUUUUAUGUCAUUCUACUUUAAUCCUAAAACCAAAUUAUUGACGUUAUUUUGUACAAGCUGAGCUUGUAAUGUAAAUUUUUUUCAUCUUGUCCUGUAGUUUUGCAAACUUUGUACCAGUUUUCUGACAAAUGAAAGUAAUUUUUCUUAA